UAUUUUUAUUUUAGAAAAAACAAAUAAAAGGACGUCAGAAAAUGGCAGAAUCAAAUCGCAGAGCUAACAUGUACGGACGGGAGACAAUUAACGCUGCACUUCACCACCAGCAAACUCAGAUCGACGACGACGACGAUGACGACGUCGCCGCUGGAACUGAAAGCGGCGGCGGCGGCGCUGAUGGAGGAAGAGAGUCUAUGGAUAACAACCCUAACACUCGCUACGACCAUCACCACCAGUCUCAUAGUCAUUCUCACGCGCUUCACAACGGCGGGGAGGCCAUGGAGAUGAAUGGUGUGGAAGGCGUUUCACAUAACGCGUUGUAUUGUCCCCCUAAUACCGAAAUAGUUCAAGCUGCUGUUGCUGCUGGUAGUGGAGCUUCCGAUCAGCUUACGCUGUCGUUUCAAGGCGAAGUUUAUGUUUUUGAUGCCGUUUCUCCAGAAAAGGUUCAGGCGGUGCUGUUGUUGUUGGGGGGAUAUGAAGUCCCUGCUGGAAUCCCUACUGUUAGUGUGGCAGCCCAAAGUCAGAGGGCUUCAGCUGACUUUCCUGGAAGAUUGAAUCAACCACAAAGAGCUGCUUCUUUGAAUCGUUUUAGGGAAAAGAGGAAAGAACGGUGUUUCGAUAAAAAGAUCCGUUAUACUGUACGGAAGGAAGUUGCGAUGAGGAUGCAGCGUAAGAAGGGCCAGUUUACAUCUUCAAAGUCAAUAUCUGACGAAGCAGGUUCUUCAUCUGCAGAUUGGAAUGAAGGCUCUGGUCAAGAAGAGCAGGAAACAUCAUGUAGGCACUGCGGUAUUAGUUCGAAAUCCACUCCUAUGAUGCGUCGUGGACCAGCUGGGCCAAGGUCUCUUUGUAAUGCAUGUGGACUCAAGUGGGCCAAUAAGGGAAUUUUAAGAGAUCUUUCUAAAGUUCCAACUCCUGGACCUCAGGAUCAAACUGCAAAAUCUGGUGAACAGAGCAAUGGUGAACCUAAUGGCUCGGACGCCAUGGCUACUGCUGCUAUCAUCACUCCAGACGGUGACAACACAGUGGUGACUGCUGAACGGUGAUGGAGAAAUCCUUCUUGAAGUGAGAUGGAUAAUUGAGUUUCAUCUGUUGUACUAUCUGCCAAAAUUAGAUUGUACAUAGUAAAAUAUUGUACUCUUAGGCAUCCAACAUUGUUUCUCAGAGUUUUAGUGUUUUAUCCUGGUGUUCAACUGUAAUUUAGAUCUGGAAUUUGUAUCACAAAUCGAGAAACCUCAGUAAGAAAGAUCUGGGCUUACUUUAAUCUGCUUUUACUUCA